AUGAGAAACCCUUUCCCACCCACAGACUCUGUGCCUGGCCAUGGACACGUUCACCUGGCUUUGUUACCUCCAGGGGCUCCGGUCCUCCAGACCUUGACUUAUCAGUAUCCUCUCAAACUCAUCGCGCCUGCUCCAGUGACCAUAACUCCACCUGCCGACAAUGAUUCGUCAUACCAGGUCCAUACUCUAUACAUCUUGACUUAUGGUGGUGGUAUAGUUGCGGGCGAUACCCUCAAUCUGCGCAUUGAUCUUGAUAUCACUACCCGUCUGCUCAUCCUCACCCAAGGUAGCACCAAGAUCUUCAAGGCGCCAACCUCAUCUACCAUCAGUCGACAGGACAUGAAUAUGCAUUUGAAGCCUGCUGCUGCCCUGGUCUACCUUCCUGACCCUGUUCAGCCUUUCGCUCAGAGCGCAUUCGAGCAAAAUCAACGAUUCUACAUUCACCAUCAGCAGGACCUUCCCAACGCCAGCAUCUGCGUUCUUGACUGGGUAUGUCAAGGUCGCAAAGCCUUAGGUGAGGAUUGGAACUUCUUCAAGUAUUCCAGCAAGAACGAAGUCUGGCUUGUGAACGGAUCCAACGGAUCUGAUAAUACGCGACUACUUUUACGUGACAAUGUCACUCUGGAUGCCAGUGACGAGGCUAUACAAACCUCAUUGGCGCGGCGCAUGGAUGGUCUCGGUGCUUUUGGUACUCUGAUAUUAUAUGGAUCUGGUUUUGCAAGUCUUGCGGCAUUUUUCAUGGAUGAAUUCAAGUCGAUACCCCGGAUCGGAGGCAGGAAAUGGGACACCGGUAACGAAGCUGACGACGCAGCUCAAGACUUGGAUCCUCUCAUCAUCAAGCGGAAAGCCAGGCAGAAACAGGAGUCAAAUGAUGGUUUGCUGUGGACAGCGGCCAUGAUACGUGGAUGCGUCGUGGUCAAGUUUGGCGCUAGAGAAGUCGAAGGUGGAAAACGCUGGUUACGUUCCAUGUUGGACACAGAAGGCAGCGUUCCUGCUAGAUUCGGAGAGAGAAGCUUGCUCUGCUUGCGAUAG